UUUUACUUUAUAUACUUAAAAUAGUUCUCUUAAGAGUCUAUACAAUGACCCACUGACAGAGGGGCCCAUGACAUACACACAGAAAGAUUAACAACCCCAAAGAGCCAUAUUGCAGUUCUGAGUCACAUUACUCAAGUCUCAGGAAUGCUGACAAAAUAAAAUUUGACUACUUGUGUUAAGAGCUCCCAGUCAUAUCAUUUGUGUUGUUUAUGCAUACAUACCUAAAAGCACACAUUUGUAUUAGUCUCUUUCUUUGGAUUUGUUUAUAAAAUAACUGUUCCAUUUUGUAAGAUUGGAGAGGAAAUGUUGUAAUGUGAGACAAACAUUUUAAAAUGAAACCAGUUAAAAAUAAGUACUGCUUUAAUGCUGCACUGUCAGAUUUCCAAAAGUAACUUAAUUAUCUUUCUAAUGGGAGUCUCUUCAACCAGUCUCAAGAGCAUCCUCCCUAGACUUUGGGUUCUUCAAUGUUUUGUCCUUGCCAAUCUAAAUAACUUCUCAGUGUGUCACAGAUCUCUCCCAUUGCACUUGGUGCUCUUUGAAGGACAUGAUGAAGAAUCUAAUAAGAAGCACAGCACAGAUACUCAGGAUCACCAAAGAAGAUCAGUCUUUAUCCCUGAACAUAAUGCUGUGAGAGUAUAAUCCUGGAAAUUCUGGAAAAUGUGGUAUGAAAUGAAUAUUAUAUAUGACUGUGUUCUAGAAAAGAUAUAUUAAAAGAAAAGACUCUGAGGGCAAUUCUGUUCUCCUUCAGAUGGGUACUCAGCACUUACAUUCUCUUCAUUUCACAGGAUUCAAGAACUAAACAGAGCAUUGCCCUAAGGGGUGGGAAAGAAGAGCAUUCAAGAUGUGAGGAAAGUGAUCUGGAUCUUCUCACUAAAGUUUCAACAAAUAUUAAUUAAUUAAUUCAACUGAUCUGUCUUGGUGUUUCAAGAACUGAGGUGUCUAUGUGACUAAACUCUUGGGGUCACCUAUGUUUUGAGUAGUGUUUCAAUCCUUGGCUUGAGGGUUGAGAGGAGAAAUAUAAACUAUAAAGAAGUCCUGUCAGCCCUGACUCUUGUAAGUCUCUCUCUCAAAUUGUCCUCUUAAAACAUAGGGUUCACUCAAAUGCAUGUAUUUCCUCCUUAUCCCUUCACCUCCAUCUAGGAUAUGGAAGAAGAAAAGAGGAAUACCAAAUUCUGAUUUCUGGAUUUUGAAAUCCCAGUUGUAUGAUUUUCUCUCCUCAAUCUGAUCUGCUUAUCUACUGCUGCCAUCUUUACGGUGACAUAGACUAGAGGUGCCAUAGACCAAACACUGACUGGGGGUCAAUGCAGUCUGAAACAGACUCAAGUGUAAUUGAGAAAAUAUUUAGCAAAAUAAAUAAAACACAAUAGGCCAUAGAGAAUAUUAAUAAGUGAGUUUCUAAGAUAUGUCAUUAGGAGAGCUCCUUGUUUAUAAUUCAAUGGGGCUCAUUUCCAUUUGAGUUUACCACCACUAUUUAGACUUGCACUGUCUUUUCAGGCCAGAUCUUCAAUGUCAAGGUAGAGUGAGGAAACACAAAUCUGACUGGAUUUGAUGGCUAUUUUAGGUUGUAGUCAAAUAUGACUUUUGUAAUUCCAUUUGGGUUUUUUUUUGGGGGGGGAAGAUACCAGGUGGUUUGCUUUUUCCUUCUCCAGCUCGUUUUAUAAAUGAGGAAAUUGAGGCAAAAAAUUAAGUGACUUGUCCAGAGUUACAAAACUGGUAAAUAUGUGAAAUCAGAUUUGAACUCAGGAAGAUGAACUUUCCUGACAUCAGUCCUGAAUUCAUUCCACUGAGUCACCCAACUCUCAUUAUUUUGCAUCAUGUACCACAAUCAAAUUAUUCCUAAUGGCAUAGUCAAUAUAUUAUAGACUUCUCAUUUACUAUUAAUAAAAUAUGCUUCCAGCCGCAAAAGAUCAAUUUUAUUGCCUUAUCCUGGAACAAAAAUAAUCCUUGGUUCCAGAAGAUUGUUAAAUUCUAGUUUUUUUAUAAUAAAUAGUAAGUAAUAAGUGGAUAGAGGUCAGAUUUGUGAUUUCACUCAUAUAGAGAAAUUACAGAUGAAGAAAUUCCAUCUACUUAUGCAGGUCAGCACCUUCUUUGAAAAUUAUAGUUUGAGAGAAUUGUCUAGAAUAGUAUUGUUGAACUCAAAUAGAAAAGGGGCCAGUAAGAGUCAUGCAUAAGGAUCCCAACAGGCCACACAUUAAUUUAGAAAAGGAUAUGUUUAUAUUUGCUUUUUCAAAAAUACAUCAGUAUAUUAAAAUUGAAUAGGAAAUGCAUUUUAUUCUUAUUUCUACCAUGCUCAGGAGUGGGCUGGGGCUCUGAUACCCCUUCUCUAGAGCACAGAGAGUUUUGAGUGGCUUAGUUACAAUUACACAGCCCAUAUGUGACAAAAAUAGAACUUGAUCUCAUCUCUUCCCAAAUCUGAAGCCAGCUCUGUCUCCAUUAUGUUAUACAGUCCUCUCAUUAAGAAAACUAAAUAUAAAGUAAGAUGAAACUGAAACUCUAUUGACUAUUUUCUUGAAGGAUUUAUUAUGAUUUUGGUAAAAUCAUGUUUAUCUUUUUCAACAUUAUUCUAAAUUAUGAUUUGGGUCAGAGAUUGUUUUGCCACAAAAUCUUUCCUGAAAGAUAAAAUAUUAAUAUUAAAAAACUUAUGUGGCAUAGGAAAAAGGUAUUGGAUUUCAUAUAAGAGACCUGGAUUCAAGGUAAGGCUCUGAUCCCUUUGUGUUUUUUUUUUAAUUGAGAAAUUUUAUUUAAGUAAUUUAUUUAGAAUAUUUUUCCGUGGUUCCAUGAUUCAUGUUCUUUCCUUCCCCUCCUCCAUCACCCCCCUUCCCCAUAGCCAACAAGCAAUUCCACUGGGUUUUACAUGUGUCAUUGAUCAAUACCUAUUUACAUAUUAUUGAUAAUUGCACAAAAGUGAUUGUUUAGGGUUUAUAUCUCUAACCAUAUCCCCAUCAAUCCAUGUGAUCUUUCUGACUGGGCAAAUCAUGUUAUCCCUCCAAAGUCCAGCUUUCUCACCUAUAAUAUUAGGAUAAUAAUGCCUCCUUAUUCUUUGGUGAUAAACUUUUCAAAGUAUAUUGUAAACUAUAAAGUGUUAUGAAAAUGUAAACCAUUCCCUGAAAAAUAAGGGAAAAGAAUAAUUUAUGUUAUGUCUAAAAUGACAGGAACAUCUGGGUGGCUCAGUGGAUAGAAAGAGCCAGGCCGGGAGUUGGGAGAAUCUGGGUUUAAAUUUUGCCUAAGACACUUAGGUUUUUUACUCUGGGCAAGUCAUUUAAUCCUGUUUACCUAGUCUUUGCCCUACUGAGACAGAAAAGAAGGAUUUAAGAAAAGAAAAUGAGAUAAGAUAAAAUGAGAGAUGUUGUGAUGUUGUGGAUAGACAGAUAGCUUUGGAAACUGGAAACUGGCUGUAUAAACCUGGGAAAAUCACCUCUCAGAGUUCCAGAACAUUCUCUGUGAUCUAAGGUACAGAAAUGUAUUCUACAUUCCAGGGCUCCUCAUGUCAGGGAAAUCACAAGUCUCCAUAUGCCUUCCACUGUCUAUACGAAAUCAAGUAUUGAGAAUGGUACUAAUCAUCAUGUUUUGGAUGAACAAUAGAAACUAAAAUAAUCUACUGAGUUAAUUCCAUGUUAAAUAUUUAAUUAAUAAUAUGCUAAUCAUAUCAUACAUUUUGCUGUGGUCAGGGUCCAGCCCCAUCGCGACUGCAGGGUUCCUGACUGGUGGCGAAUGAUCAGUCAAAAUUUAUAAAAUAAAAUAAAUAACAAAUGGAAGACAGCUUAAUCAUUAUGGCCAUGGGACUGCUUUGCAUCUCACAGCUGCUCCUCAUUCCCAGGACUGGGAUUUAUUUUUAUAUCCAUAUUCUUGGCAUGCAGAUAUACAAAAUCAAAGAGAGAUAAUUGGAAAGGUGAUACAUUAACUUUUAACAAAUCACUUGAUUAACAUUCUAUAUAUUUGUAUUGUGAUUACAGACAGAAUACAAGAUAAAUGAUUUCAUCACAGGUGGCUUACUAGGGAGUUUGAGUUACUGAUUUGUGUAAUUCAUCACUGAGGCAUAUUAAAGCUUAGUGUACUUGUACUGUACCUGUAUGUAUUGUAUGGGCCUCUAUGAUUGAUUUGUGUGCUGGCUUCAUGAGAAAGUUUUGUGCUUGGCCUGUAGCUACAGUUUUGCUGGGAAUUAUAUGCCUAGGUAAAAGUUAACCGACGAUAGUCUUUUGGGAUAGGGUUGGAGGGUCUGCUCUUUUGGUGAUGUUUUGGAGAAUUAGGGUACAGAUGUUUUGCUCUUGCAUUAUUUCUUUUGAGACUAGGGGGAAUAAUAAUCAUGUCAAUUCAUAGGUAAGGGGCACUGAUGAAAGAGGUCAUGCAAGGAGGAUAGAGUGGGCAAUCACAUCUUGCCAAGGACCACUCUGUGGUCUCCCCAGCUACCACGCAUGACUCUGUCAAGGUGUUGUGGACUGAUGGCCCCCAGGAACAUUUAAAAUACAUGCUGAUUGAAUGUAUAUGGAUAGCUUAAAGAUUUGUUAAAUCUUCAUUCUCAAGUUAUUGACUAGAAAACUUUCAGGAUUCACUGUUUCCUUUUUCCAUUCAAUUAGGAGGAAUCUUUUUUGAUUUUGACAGUGUCACCUUUUGUGUUUCUCUUGGCACACACCAUAUCAACUUAAGAUUGCUUUUCUUACAUUUCAAAAUCUUUAUUCAUCAAUGGUGAUCUUUUGCCUCAUUAUAGGACCCGUAGAACAGAUGCUGACAAUAGAUAAUUUGACAACUGUGCAAGAGUUUAUCCUGGAGGGAUUUCCUGCUGUCCAACACCUGGGGAAACCCCUCUUCAUGGUCCACUUGCUUUUGUAUUUGGUGUCCAUCACAGGAAGCAUUGUCAUUGUCACCAUCACAUGGACUGAUCACUGCCUCCAAACACCGAUGUAUUUUUUCCUAAGUAACUACUCUUUCCUAGAAAGCUGCUUUAUAACAACUGUUAUUCCCAAACUGCUAGCAAUCUUCCUUUCAGGAAGACAAACAAUUUCCUUUGCAGCCUGCCUUACCCAAACCUUUUUCUUUCUAUUUUUGGGGUCAACAUGCUUCUUUCUUUUGGCUGUGAUGUCUCUGGAUAGGUAUGUGGCAAUCUGUAACCCUUUGCACUAUCACAGCAUCAUGAACAUCAAGAUCUGUUUCUUCUUAGUCUUAUCCUGCUAUGUUUUGGGUUUCAUGUUAAUUAUCAGUCUAGUCCUAAUGGUCUCUCAGUUAUCCUUCUGUGGUUUUAAUGUCAUCAACCAUUUCUUUUGUGACCUAGGUCCUCUAGUGCAUCUUUCAUGUUCUGACACCAGUAGUGUUGAAUCAUUAUCCUUUCUUCUUUCUAUAGUUAUCAUUUUGUCUUCCCUCAUUGUAACAGUAAUAUCAUACUUCAAUAUAAUAAAUACAAUAGUGAAUCUCCCACUUGCCAAAGAGAGAUGGAGAGCUUUUUCCACCUGUUCUUCCCAUCUCAUUGUCCUUUUCCUGACAUAUGGAAGUGUUGUUUUUAUAUAUGUAAAACCAAAGCAGACCGACAGAGUAGACGUCAACAAAGAGGCAGCACUUGUGAACACUGUGAUCACCCCUUUGCUGAAUCCUUUUAUUUAUACACUACGAAAUAAGCAGGUAAAAAAGGCUUUAAGAGAUACUCUAUAUAGAAUGAGAUACAUGAAAUCAUCUUGGAAUUUUAGAUAGAAACUUAAAGACAACCCCAACUUUAUACAAUUCUUGACAAGCAACCCCCAAUUUCCCCCUGGAAAUUUUAAAUGAAAAAAAUCUUACAACCUCCCUGAAUGGUUAAUUCCAUUUUUUGGGUACUUUAUAUCUUUGCAAUGUGCAUUAUAUUGAGUUAAAAUAUGCCCCCUAUGAAUCUUUCAAUUUGAUUAAAUUUGCCUUCAGAAUCUAUUCUGAAUAAGAAUUAUUUAUAUGAAUUCCAUUUAUUGAUUGAAUAAUUUUCCUUUCUUAAUUUAGAGAUAUAACAUAUGCUAGGCAAGCUAGAAAGGAGAAGAGAGCAAGGAGAAAUCUUUCUAAACUUAUGUAGUUUCACAUAGUUUUCAAAUCCUUUAUCAUGUUAUAAUUUGCCAACUAGAUACAACAAGUAUCCCCUUGGAUUUAUCUCUUGGACUCUGCUCCCUUUGUUUCUAAGAUCAUAAUCAAAUUCUUUCAAAAUUCUGCAAAUGUCAAAGUUCAAAAUCCGCCAACUUAGCUCAAUGCUAUGAUAAAGCAAUAAAAGGGAAUAAUAAGAUUUAAACAAAUGGUCAGGCAGUAAUGUGGCAAUUGGUAAGUUCAGAAUAAUUAUCACUUCCCUUCUUCUGGGCCCAAUGCCUCAAUUAAUAUAUAGUAGCCUAUGUCCUAUUUACUUGUUUUCAAAUACUAGGUUAAAAAAAAACAUUAUUCUAAAUAUAAACAAGGAUAAAAAUUCAAAUAUUCAAAUAAAACAAAUAUUGAGUUCAAAAAGAAAGUUAUAAAUCUCUUCUUCCCCCCUUUUUGAUAUGGAAUUUUUUUAUUGGUCCAAAAAUCUACCAAAAAGGAAAUUUCUUCUAUUGGGACCAGAAUCUUCCAUGCCACUAUUAAUAACCUAGAGCCCUGAGAGGUUCAGUGACUUUACCAAGGUAACACUGCUAGUAUGUGUUAAGGGCAGAACUUGAACCCAGAUCUUCUUGACUUUAAGGCCAACUCAUCUACUUUUGCAGUGUAUUCAUUUUAACAAAAGUUUAACAAAAAGAAUUCUUUCCUUCAGUGUCCUCUUCUCUUUUCCUUCUCCUUCAUUUUUAUGAAUUUGUGGUUAUUGUUGAUUUCUUUCAUCCUUUUACACAAUUUUUUCACUGUAUAAAUAAGCACUGUGUGCUUUGUUCUCUCUGAAUUGCUUCAGUUUUAUUUCUUUUUAUUUUUCCUAUUUGUCACUCUAUAGUAUACAAUACUCUCUCUUGUUCAUAUUAUGUAAUUUAUUUUGUCAUUCUCUGAUCAUUGUGCAUCUUGUUCAUUCCCAGCUAUUUGAUAUUGUGAUAAAGAUCUUAUAGAUAUUUGAUACAAAUUAAUCUGUAUUUUCAUUUCAAUAAUAUCCUAAAAAUGCUGUCCUAGAAGUGGAUUCCUAGAUUGAAGAUCUGAAUAGCUUUGUAACUCACUGUCUGACAGCAUUUGUCGGCAACUUGGCACAAAGUAGGUGCCAAGUUUUUAUAUUGAAUUAAAUGAUGGUUUUCAAAAUGAUGGCAAAAAUUUACAAAUCUACAAAUAGAAUAAUGACCUAUCCAUUGCUCCAUAGAAUUUCUAACAUUUAAUUUUAUCUAUUUUAAUGGAAUCUAUGAAUUUAAUGGAUAUAACAGCUAACUCAGAGGUAUUUUAAUGUUGAAUUCUUGUAUUAUUAAAGAGUGGUGAACAAUCUUGAGGUCGUUUUUGAAAACUGGUAUCCUUUAAGAAUUUAUGAUUAACAACAAAUGGUCAAGAGACACAAACAGGCACUUUUCACAAGUUAAAUCAAAAUUAUCAAAGAGCAAAUGAAAAAGUGUUAUUAAUCCCUCCUCAUUAGAGAAAUGCAAAUUAAAACAACUCUGAGGUACCACCUUACACCUAGCAGAGUGGCCAAUAUGGCAGCAAAGGAAAGUGUUGGAAGGGAUAUAGCCAAAUUGGGACACUAAUACACUGCUGGUGGAGUUGUGAAUUGGUUUAACUAUUUUGGAGGGUAAUUUAGAAUUAUGCCAAAAGGCCUUUAAAAGAAUGUGUACCCUUUGACCUAGCCAUGCCAUUGUUGGGUUUGUACCCCAGAGAACUAAAAAGGAAAAAGACUUGGACAAAAUUAUUAUAACUGUGUUCUUUGUGGUGGCAAAAAACUGGAAAAUGAGGUGAUGUCCAUCAAUUGCGGAAUGGCUGAACAAAUCAUGGUAUCUGUUGGGGAUGGAAUAUUAUUGUGCUCAAAGAAAUGAUGAACUGGAUGGAUUCCAUGUGAACUGGAAUGACCUCCAGGACCUGAUGCAGAGUGAAAAGAGCAGAACCAGGAGAACAUUGUACACAGAGAUGGAUUCACUGUGGCACAAUUGAAUGUGAUGGACUUCUCUACUAGCAGCAAUGCAAACAUCCAGAACAAUCCAGAGGAACUUGUGAGAAAGAAUGCUGUCCAUAUCCAGAGAAAGAACUGUGGAAACAGAAAUAGAAAAGAAAAACAGAUGAAUGAUCACAUAGUUCGAUAGGCAUAUGAUUAGGGUUUUGGUGUUAAAAGAUGACUCUACUGCAAAUAUGAAUAACAUGGAAAUAAGUUUUAAAUAAAGAUACAUGUAUAACCCAGUGGAACGGCUUGUCAGCUUCAGGAGGGGGAGGAAAGAGUGUGGGGUAUCAUGAAUCAUGAAAAUGGAAAAAUAUUCUAAAUGUACAAAAAAUUUAAAGAAUUGCUGACAUGUAAAAAUUAAUUGUCUUUUAUAGAAUUAAUCCUACUCAUAAAUGUGUUAUUCAUAAAUUUCCAGAAUCAGACUUCAUUUAAACCUUAAAUAAAAUGUUUU